AUGGGCAUUAUUGACAACAUCCUAUUUAGCCAUGAACUUUUCAAGGGUUAUAAUAGGAAAGGUAUAUCCCCCAAAUGUGUGUUGAAAGUGGAUAUUAGGAAGGUAUAUGAUUCCUUGGACUGGCAGUUCCUCAGGUGCAUGCUAGCAGACCUUGGAUUCCCUAAGAAAUUUAUCCACUGGGUCAUGGAAUGUGUGACUACAGUGUCAUACUCAUUGGUGCUCAAUGGAGGCCUUACCAAACCAUUUCAGGCUAAGAGAGGAAUCAGGUUCUCUGAUGCAUCCGGCCUUCAGGCAAAUGCAGACAAAAGUUCUAUAUACAUUGCUGGUGUACACAAGGAACUUAAAGACUCAUUAAAAAGUUUGACAGGGUAUACAGAGGGAUCCAUACCUUUCAAAUACUUGGGAGUACCCUUGUCUGCCAAGAAAUUGAACAAUCAACAAUGUCUACCAUUGAUGGAGAAGAUCACAGAAAGAGUCAACUGCUGGUCAGCAAAAAUGUUAUCAUAUUCAGGGAGAGUACAACUUAUUAAGUCUGUGAUCUUUGGUAUGCAGACUUAUUGGGCUCAAAUCUUCAUAUUGCCCAAGAAAAUCAUGAAACUGAUUGAGACUAUUUGUAGAACAUACCUAUGGACUGGUACUAGUGCCACAUCUAGGAAAGCACUAAUAGUAUGGGACAAGAGACUAGCUACUGUGGAUAGAUUGCAGAAGUUUGGAAUCCAAGUACCAUUGGAUUGUGCUUUCUGUGCAAGGAGCAUUGAAACAUUUAGUCACCUAUUUUUUGAUUGCUCCUAUACUAGCAUAGUAUGGAAAAGAAUACUAAACAGGUUGGGCCAUAACAGGAGAAUAGGCAGCUGGCGAACUGAGAUAGAAUGGGUAAGCACUCUAGCUCAGAGGAAAGCUGGUAUGGCAGUAAUUACCACUUACACAUACAAGGGAGAUAAAAGAGCAAAUGGCAGUCAACAUUGCAAAGCUUGA